UAGCUCAAGUGUGAUGAGCUCUGGGGGUGCCCCACUUCUGAUCUCAGGCUGCUGUCUCUCCACAUCAGCUGUGUCUCCCCACUAACCACGCUAGUGAGUCCAGAUUGUAGACUAACCAAAAUCAGCAGAUAGUCACUGAGUACCCCCAAGUCCCAGACGCUACCCUGCGCUGGUAACUAGGGUUUGACGCCUCACCCUAACCAUCAUUAAAACCCAGACCCCAGCCAGAGCUGUGAUUGUGCCCGCUGAGUGGACUGCGUUGUCAGGGAGUGAGCGCCCCAUCUUCGGGAGAAUCCAAGCAGGACCGCCAUGGAGGAAGGUCAAUAUUCAGAGAUCGAGGAGCUUCCCAGGAAGCGGUGUUGCAGGCGCGGGACUCAGAUCGUGCUGCUGGGGCUGCUGACCGCUGCUCUGUGGGCCGGGCUGCUGACUCUCCUUCUCCUGUGGCACUGGGACACCACACAGCAUCUAAAACAGCUGGAAGAGAGGGCUGCCCAGAACGUCUCUCAAGUUUCCAAGAACUUGGAAAGACAGCACGGUGACCAGAUGGCACAGAAAUCCCAGUCCACUCAGAUUUGGCAGGACCUGGAGGAACUUCGAGCUGAACAACAGAGAUUGAAAUCUCAGGACUCGGAGCUGUCCUGGAACCUGAACGGGCUUCAAGCAGAUCUGAGCAGCUUCAAGUCCCAGGAAUUGAACGAGAGGAACACGGCUUCAGAUUUGCUGGAAAGACUCCGAGAGGAGGUGACGAAGCUACGGAUGGAGCUGCAGGUGUCCAAUGGCUUUGUGUGCAACACGUGCCCUGAAAAGUGGAUCAAUUUCCAACGGAAGUGCUACUACUUCGGCAAGGGCACCAAGCAGUGGCUCCACGCCCGGUACGCCUGUGAGGACAUGGAAGGGCAGCUGGUCAGCAUCCACAGCCCGGAGGAGCAGGACUUCCUGACCAAGCAUGCCAGCCACACCAUCUCCUGGAUUGGCCUUCGGAACUUGAACCUGAAGGGGGAGUUUAUCUGGGUGGACGGGAGCCCCGUGGACUACAGCAACUGGGCUCCAGGGGAGCCCGCCAGCCAGAGUCACGGCAAGGACUGCGUGAUGAUGCGGGGCUCCAGCCACUGGAACAACGCCUUCUGCGACCGUAAGCUGGGCUCCUGGGUGUGCGACCGGCUGGCCACGUGUGCGCCGCCAGCCAAUGAAGGUUCCGCAGAGUCCCUGGGACCUGAAUCAAGACCGGGCCCUGACGGCCGCCUGUCCGCCCCCUCUGCCCCUCUCCACUCUUGAGCAUGGACACAGCCAGGCCUAGAGCGAGACCCUGAAGACCCCCAACCCCGGCCUAAAUGCCUCUUUGUGGCUGAAAGAUCCCCGUGACAUUUUCUGCCACCCAAACGGAGGCAGCUGAUACAUCUCCGGCUCCUCUGCGGCCCCUGCCUUCCCAGGAAUGUCCCCCAACAGCAUCCUCUCCACAUGGGAGUGCCCCCAAACACCACCCUCUCCAGAUGCAGCCCCAUGUCCUCAGCACCCCAGGACCUCAGUACCCCAGCUCAGGUGGGGAGUCCUCCUGUCCAGCCUGCAUCAAUAAAAUGGGGCAAUGAUGGCCCCCACAUUUGUCUCCUUC